CCCCAUGAUACUUUCCCGCAUUACCUCCGUCUCCUCCUGGAUGCAGUAAGCCACUGCAGGUUCGGUCAAGCGAACCGGGGCAUCCAAGCGAGAGUGGGAAGGGUAGCCCUUGACCGUGCGUCCCGCCUGUAUCCCUUCGCCAUCCAGCAAGUCCGGCUCCUCCAGCGAACCGAUCCUGAGGAGCUGACCAGUGGGCGCCGGAGCCAUUUCCUUAGCCCUCUUCAGAGCCACAAACUUCGCGGCCGCCUCGAUGAAGCCGCGAAACCGCACCGGAUAAACGGCGUCCUGCCUAUCCGCUUCCAUUUCCGCCCUCUGCUCCUCCAGUUUCGACUCGAAGCCGACCCUCUGCUUCUCCA